AGAGCCCUCUACAGGGACGUCAUGCAGGAGAAUUACGAGACGGUGACCUCGCUGGGAUUUCCCAUUCCCAAACCUGAACUGAUCGCCCGGCUGGAACGAGGGGAAGAGCCGUGGGUGCCUGAUCUCCAGGCCUGCGAAGAAAGGGAGAUCCCGAGAGGCGACCGCACAGAUCAUCCUUCAUCAAACUGGUUUUUCCCGCCACUGGCCGAUCUCAAGAACAAUGUUACCUCAGACUAUUUCCUGCCUUUGCUGGGACCAUACCAUGUUUUCCCGCCAUACGCUGCAUAAAAGAACUGUGACCACGGACAAGUGGCCCAGUCCAUCCUAGUGACUGUGCGUGCGCGGUUCAGGCCUUCGCGGCAUUGGUGCGUGGUCGAAGGAUGCCCCCUUUCCUGAGAUGACGAGAAGAGAGAAGACGACAUUCCACCUCACCUGCUCCUGCUCCUGGGGACGAGAUCCCCAGAGGGUUCUCGGCCCGCUUCUUCCACCCCGGUCGCCAUGGAGGGACUCUCCAGUGCUCCUCCUCGGUGGGUUCCAGUUACCCAACGAGUGCAGGUCCUGGGCUUCGCUGCCGCUGCCUCAGACGUGCUGCUAGGGAGAUAAUUCGGGUUCUUUAGUUGGGGUUUUACAUGGUUAUUGCCAGGGGGAUUUUGUAUUUUGGGCCUGAACUUCAUGCUCCUGUCGUAAGCUGCUGUUUCACUGUUUUGUGAUAAUUUCCAUAGCUGUCGUUGAUUUCAUGCUGAUCCCCUUCCCCUCAUUGUACUUAUUCCCUCAAUACACUUACCUGUUCUUUUCUAA